UUGACGGCUUGAUGCUUGAAACUUGAGAGACAUCUUUUAACUGUGCUUGAAAUAUAGAAUUUAAAAAAUGAUGAUUGAAUGAUUCUGAUUUCUGUUUUCUGAUAUCAUUUAUCAAACGAAUUUCGCCAGACCCAGACGGCACUAUGCCACUAUGGCAGAUAACUGAGUUAACUAUUAACUAACUUAAACUAAUUUAAUUUCAGAUAUUCAUUAAUAAUUAUUAAUAAAUUAAUUAAAUUAUACAUAUUAUAUUGUGACUUAUAUUUGUUUUGAUUGUUUUAUUCAUAUUUUCAUUUGUAUAUAAUUGUAAAUACCUACUUAUGUCAUUUAAAAUACUUGUACAAGAAAUUAAAUGGUUUGUUUUUAUUUAAUAUGAUGUCUGAUUAAGUACUUUUUAUUAUACUGCCUAGUGCCAAUCUAUCAACUGUAGUUUAUAUUAUUUAUUAAAAUAUAAAAGCCCAACUUUGUGUAAUUGAAUGGAAGCUAAAAUUUACAUUAAUGAUUCUGGAAAUACAGAAUUAUUACCUAGUAAAAAGGAAGAAUCAUCAAGAAAACUCCUAUGGGUUGAUAUCAGUCAUUUUUCUGAACUAUGGCAGUUUUUAAUAUGUUCAUUAGUUGUGUUCAUUUUUUUUAUACCUUAUGGAUACUUACAAGAAGCAAUAUUUGCAAUUAAAGGUUUUAAGCCAUUUGGAUGGUACCUAACUUUGGUACAAUUUUUUAAUUAUUCAAUAUUUGGAUUAAUAGAAAGUCAAUUCAAUCGUACACAACGAAGGAUACCAUUAGUCUUAUAUCUUUUAUUGGGACUGAUAUUAUUAGGUUCAAUGGGGUUUUCAAAUGCUUCACUUGGUUACUUGAAUUACCCUACACAAGUUAUAUUUAAAUGUUGCAAACUGAUACCAGUCAUGAUUGGUGGAAUAUUAGUACAGCAAAAAGUGUAUAAAGUUAUUGAUAUUGUAGCAGCAUCAUGUAUGUGUGCAGGAUUAAUAUUAUUUACCUUAGCUGAUAAUAAAGUUUCUCCAGAUUUCAAUCUUAUAGGUAUAAUUUUGAUAAGUUCUGCAUUAUUUUGUGAUGCGCUUAUAGGUAAUUUUCAAGAAAAAAUGAUGAAGAAACAUAAUGCAUCCAAUGCAGAAAUUGUUUUAUAUUCCUACUUUGUAGGAUUUGUAUAUUUGUUAUUUGUAUUGUUAGUAAGCGGACAACUAAAAGAUGGGACAGAAUUCUGCAUUCAGAAUCCAGUGACUUACAUAUACAUAUUUUUGUUUUCACUUUCUGGAUUUUUUGGAGUUCAAGCUGUACUUGCUUUGAUUAGAACUUGUGGUGCUUUAGUUGCUGUAACUGUGACUACGUGUCGAAAAGCUGUAACAAUAGUGAUAUCAUUUUUAUUGUUUUCAAAGCCAUUUACAUUUCAAUAUGUUUGGGCUGGAUUACUAAUUGUAUUAGGAAUUUAUUUAAAUGUUUUGGGAAAAACCAAUCAUUUUGACUUUAAAAUGAUUUUUAUGAAUUCGAGUAAAGUAUUUGGAAAUUUAAGGAAACGAAGAAAAUCACCAAUGAUAGUUUGAUUUCUAGGAUAAUAAUUUACUUAAAUUAUAACCAAGUAUUAUUGUUUAAAUCUUUUGUAUUGUAUUCAUUUUACAAGUAUCUAAUUGAAUUUUAAAUAUGAAAAAAGUUUCUAUUUAUUAUCAGAUCUAUAUAAUUUAUUAAUUACCUACUUAAUAAAAUUGUUUAUAAAUCAAA